AUGCACAUGGCAUCCACCAUCACAACCCAAUCGAAGACCCAAGCGAAUCGCCAGGCCACAAGGGUGAGAGGAGUCCAGUUUACCAAUGAGCUUAUCAAAGGUUCUUGCGAGAAGAUUUCUGGAAAGGAGUGGCGCAAACAACAAACGAAGAAAAGGAUCGAAAACCGGAAAAUCGAAGAGCGCAAGAUUGUGGUUGCUGAGGCCAAUCGGCUGGUGAGUUACCUCGAGAAGGUUGAUACGGACAAAGACUUUUUCUUCGCUGAAUUGAAACCCGAGAUUGAUGCGAUCAAGCAGCACUACAAAGACAACUACGAGGCCUGGAGAACUGUGCGUGCUACUAGCGCGACGGCAGGAGGCACCGCAGCUACAGGAGGCACCACAGCUGCAGGGACGUCAGCCGCAGGAGGGACUGCAACCCCAGGAGGGAACGCAGCCACAGGAGGGGCUUCUGAAUGGACACCGCUAGAGGUAAAAAUUAUGGGUGGCGGUCGCAAGGCUUUAGCGGAAAUCAGUGAUCUUCAUUUUAUUUCUUACCUCAAGUCAUUGGACAAGCGUUUUGAAAAAAAUUCUGACCUAGGGUACAUUGGGAUUCUUGAGAACAGGGCAGUCGAGUUGAGCUGUUGUUGA